GCGAAGGAUAGCAGUGCAAUGACCUGUGUGACUUUUUGGCUGUGCGUGUGCUGGGCCCGGUUCCCAGCACGUGCUGCUCCCCACAAAUAGAUUGGAGCACUUGUUUUGAAAAAAAGAAAAAGAAAGAAAGAAAGAAAGAAAGAAAAGAUCAAUGCUGGGUGUCUUGGUAAUUUUGGCUGUGGUUCCUGUGCUGUGGACGUUAUGGGCGUGUGGCUGGGUCGGUGGCUGGGGGACAGGGGUCUGUACUUCAAGGAGGAGGUGGCAUGUGCUCCUGGAGGGCCCAGUGUAGGAACUGCCAAUUGCUUGUACUGCGAAGAGAGCACAGAAUAUCCGUGUGCCCCUGGCAAGACCUACCAUGGUCGGGGUCCCAUCCAGCUGUCAUGGAAUUAUAACUAUGGGCUUGUGGGAGCACAUCUGGGUCUGGACCUGCUAAACAAUCCCGAUCGUAUCCUGGAAGACGCCAUCACAGCUUUCCGCACAGCGUUCGACUUCUGGAUGACUCCACAAUUCCCGAAGCUAGCUCUUAAGUGGGCCAUGCGGAGGAUUGAGGAAGGGGAGGAGGAAAGAUUCUUGGGGGUCCUCAUUAGCCUCCAUGUGGAAGUCUCCUCACAAGGACUGCUUCUGCAACAUCGGAUCGCAGCCAUGCUACAAAUGUUUUAUGGGGGCCCGGCCUGACAUUUGUCUGUCGUUGGCAGGGUGCUGGUCUCCAACAUUGCACUUUUCUCAAUACUGUGGCUUGUCAGCACAGUAAAGGAAAUCCGCAAAG